UUGUGCAGCUCUUGUGCACCCAACAAUUUGCCUCAUUAAACGGCCAAUCAAAUCUGCCCCUGACAUGUGCCCUCCUACUGUUCAGUGAAUGACAAGAAAUUAUUACAAGUCCUCCUCUUAUCUGUACAGUUUGAGUUUUACAGUGCAGAGGACAAACAGGGUCUCAGGCAGAGGAGAGUCUCCAGAAGAGGAGAGUUCAGACACAGUGAUGCCACCACUCUGUGCGAUUCUUGUCCUUUUCAGCAAAGUCUAUGGUCUGCUUGGGAAUAUAGUUCAGCCUGACGUGCUGGUGAGAGCCCAGCUUGGAGACACUGUGACUCUCCCAUGUUUCCAUCCUUCCAAGCAAGUGACAUGUGUCAGCUGGUUGAAGCAACCUCUUGGGCUGAAGCCUCAGCUUGUAGCGAUAGUGUCGAAAUAUCAACCUAAUGCUACAUUUUUCAAUGAGUUUAAAAACAGUAAACGCCUCAUUGUUAAUGCAGAAAAGGAAAGCUUUAACCUGACUGUGUCACAAGUAGAGCCAUCAGAUUCAGCCACGUACUACUGCACUGUUGUGCACUUCAUGAAGAUGAGCUUUGGAGAAGGAACUACUUUAAUGGUGAUGGGUUCAAAGUUAAACAACAGGUCAGUAGUACUACAGCAGCCCGAGUCUGAGUCAUUGCAGCCAGGAGACUCUGUGACUCUGCAGUGUACAGUACACACUGAGACCUGUGCAGGAGAACACAGUGUGUACUGGUUCAGACAGGACUCAGGAGAGUCCCCUCCAGGAAUCAUUUACACCCAUGGAACCAGGAGUGAUGAGUGCCAGAGGAGCUCUGGGGCUGUGUCUCCCACACAGAGCUGUGUCUACAACUUCCCCAAGAGGAACCUCAGCCCCUCUGAUGCUGGGACUUACUACUGUGCUGUGGCCACCUGUGGGGAGAUCCUGUUUGGGAAUGGGAUCAAGCUAGACUUUAAAGGAAAAGAACAUCUGUCUCUUUAUUGCUUGGUGGGGGCUUUGACGUUGAGUGUGAUCCUGAAUAUUGUCCUCGCUCUGAACAGGAGAAAGAGCUGUGAGAAGUACAAAGGAGCUGCAUCAAACAACCCAGUGCCGGGAGAAGACUUGUCGAGCAGACAGUGUCAAGAUGAAGCAAUGAAUUACGCUGCUUUGACUUUCAACACCAAGAAACCCAAAGUGAAGAGGAACAAGAGGGAAGUGGAGAGAGAAACAGUUUACUCAGACAUGAGAUUUAGAGACCGCGAGUGAAGCUUUCCAUAAAAAUUCAUCUUUGUCACAAGAAUAAUCAAACUCCCUCUUCCCUCACUAGAGUUGGUGAACAUCAUACUAUGUGGCUUUAAAUUAUACAAACUUACAGGAUUUUCCUUUUCUAAACCAAGAGCCUCUUUUCUAAUUUAAUGGGAACCAACAUUAAUUGGUCCAAAAUAAAACUUUUCUGUUUUAAAAGAUAUUGUUUCAAGAAAUAUUUGUGAACCACUGAAUAAACUAUAAACUG